GUCAUGACGUAAGCCUAGCAACAGCGCAGGCUCCCGGCCGAGUCCAUUAUGGCCGCCCUGGGAAGGAUGAGAGGGGCCGGGCACGCGAAGCUGCUCCCCGGGUCGGGAAUGCAGGUCUCCGGAGGGCUGGCGCGGCCGCUGGUGCUGGUGCUCCUGCUGGCGUCGCUUUUGACUGCUGGGGUAUCAGAGAUGCAGCCCAGAAGUCAGACUGUACGCCCCGUAGAUGUUUCUACUUCAAGUACAGAUGCUUUAAACCCCGAAAACCAAACUACGCCCACCACGCCUUCUGUUUCCCGUGUCACCACCACUCUGCCUGCCCCGACUGGUCCUGAGAAAAGCAGAGGCACCUUGGCAGCCCCCCAUCCCUCCCUGACCACCUCUGUGCUCCCAGAAGCAGCUGAUAACAACGCAGACCAGAGCCUGGAGGAGGAGGAUCUCCUGGUGCCAAAUGGCUCUCCCUCCCCAGCCCGAGAUGCCUUGGACAAUGGCGAUUAUGGAGAGCCAGACUACGACUGGACCACAAGCCCCAGGGAUGAGGAGUCUGAGGAGACUCUGGAAGAAAACAGGGGCUAUUUGGAAAUUGAACAGUCAGUGAAAUCUUUUCAGUCUCCAGCCUCAAAUAUAGAAGAGGAAGACAGCCAUUUCUUUUUUCAUCUUAUUAUUUUUGCUUUUUGUGUUGCCAUUGUUUACGUUAUGUAUCACAAUAAGAGGAAGAUUUUCCUCCUAGUUCAAAGCAGAAAAUGGCGUGAUGGCCUUUGUUCUAAAACAGUGGAAUAUCAUCGUCUAGACCAGAACGUUCACGAGGCGAUGCCUUCUCUGAAGAUUACCAAUGAUUAUAUUUUUUAAAGCACUGUGAUUUGAGUUUGCUUAUUAUGUAAUUUUAUUUGCUUGACUUUUUAUAUGAUGCCGUGCGGGUGUUUGCCAUAGCAGUUGGUACUCAAGCGAGAGGCGCAUCUCUCUUUUGCCUUGGUGCUUUGGAAAUUAAAUGUCACAAUCAGGAGUAUAUAAUUUUUUAUCUGCACUUUUAGAGUUGAUUCACACAGGUGUCCCAAAUAUAAGUGUUACCUUAUAUUUAUACUGUUAGUUUUUAUUAUUUUUCAUUUCUUCUACUACUUCUGGAAUUAUAGUACUUUUACAAGAGCCGAAGCUUGUAACUAAAUUUGAACAUAUCUAGUACCACUUUUUUAGAUUCACUCUGCCAUCCAAAUGCUAAUUUUUUAAUAUACAUUUCUUGGUGGUCACCAACUGUAAUGUACAAGGAUAGAUGUAAUAAUACAUCACAUUUAAGUAACAUUUUGUUCUCUUAAGGAUACUGAAUAUUUUCAGGCAACAACUAAAACACGAUUUAAGAUAAUGGUAUCAGUCUGUUUGACCCACAAUUUUAGGUAACACAUUAAAUGUGUCUAGAAAUUAUGGGAAAAAGACUACAGUUUGCACUGAGCAUAGAUAAAAUGUUAUAUAGACACCAUUGUUUCGUUUGAUUGCUGAAUUCAGUUUAGAGAUAGAAGGUAGAAGCUGUGGUAAAAUAUGAAACAUCACAGUUACUUUUAGUUAGCAGUUGAAUGUAGCACAGCUUCCUCCAAGUUUUUAGGCAGUGGGCAGAGUUUAAAACUGUAUCAGAUUUGCUGGGCGUGGUGGCACAUGCCUGCAAUCCCAGCACUUGGGAGGCUGAGGCAGGGGGGAUCACUGUACAAGACCAAUCUGGGCCUAACAGUGAAUUCAAGCCCA